UCACGUUCGCAGGUUCGCACUUCGCAGCCCGGUUUCUGAGUCUGAGUGACCGUGUGAGUGCCGAGGUGCAUGUGAGGUACUCUACAUGUGUGUGUGUGAAUGACCACUACUUCCUUCCGUGACAGCUGCCGGAUUAUCUCUCGACAGGCUUUCGGACCCGAGCUGGGAGCCUUUCGAUGGAUGCUCUCCACUCUAUGGCAAGUAGUUCCUGCUUUCAAGUUGCUUGCCUGCCUGCCUGCCUGCUUGCUUGCUUGCUUGCAGACGGGAAGAAGUGCGGUGCUGCUGUGUGGUGCUGCGGGCGAGCGGUGUGUGUCUCCGAGUCAAACUAACUGUGGUUCAGUAGAUGAUACGAUACUAUCGACGGUACUCAUCACUACGGUAGAUACUAUCGAUCGAAUGCAUUGCUCUAUCUUGCGUGUGGGGCGUGCGCCUGCAUUACAUACACACAUACAUGCCCACCGUACAUACCGUACAUAUCAUACCUCACCUCGCGACUUGCGUCACUUCCGAAUCGAUGGCCGGCAGAUGAUAUAUGCUCUGUGCUCUAUGCUCUAUGCUCUAUGCUUUAUGCUUUAUGCUUCAUGCUUCAUGCUUCAUGCUUCAUGCUAUAUGCUACAUGCUCUAUGCUACAUGCUACCGCUAUGCUCUAUGCUCUAUGCUACCCGUAGGCUGCGUUUGGGCUGCGGUUUAUGGGGUAUGAGAUGGAUACCUACCUACACACCGAGAUGAGCUCAGCCCAGCUAUGUAACGGGCCGAGGCUGGUCAUGGCUGUCUGGCUGGCUGGCUGUCACGGAAUUUCUCGGGCUGC